AUGACUGUUAGUAUAGCUCCCAAAGUGACUGCAGAUUAUUGUAGAGCCGGAAGUUUCUAUGAUGAUGCUUCUCCUAGAAAUCACCAGCAAACUAGGAUAGAAUCAGUUAAAUAUAAUUACUUGCCAGAAUCGUUCGCCUCGAGGCAUCCGCAUAUUUACGGAGAGUCGUAUGGCAUGAUUGGUGGGCUAGCUCAAGGCUUAUCACAGGGCGUUUUAGAGGCAAUGCAAAUACACCAAUGGGGAAGUGUUUGUAAAUCAAGUCAAAAAUGUUCACCUAAAAGAGCCUCUAAAAUAGAAACGACUCUUGCUCAGUCUUUUACAUGCGAGCGGUUUAUGUACCGGUUUGACUCUUUUUAG